AUGGAAGGGAAGAUCCUCAACGGAAGGAAGCUGACGGUUUCGAUCGCCGCGGAUAACGGGAGAGCGUCUGAGUUUAUAAAGAAGAGAGUGUAUAAGGAUAAGUCGAGGUGUUAUGAGUGUGGAGAGGAAGGGCAUCUUUCGUAUGAGUGUCCGAGGAAUCAGUUGGGGCCUAGGGAGAGACCGCCGCCUCCGAAGAAAAGGGGAAGGAGGAGGAAGGGGAGGGUGAGGAUUCUAGGGGUUGGUCGGGGAAGGAGGAGGUGUUUGGUGAGGAUAAUUGGGCUUCUGUGGUGGAUAAUGAAGCUGGGGAGAGGCUGA